AUGGGUGUCCUCCAGCUCAACAAUCCCGCUCACCCCUGCACGCUCCUGCAGCGGGCCAACCAGAUGCGCCUGACCGGCACCUUGUGCGACGUCAUCAUCACAGUGGACGGCCAGGAGUUCCCGGCGCACCGCACCGUCCUGGCCUGCACCAGCAAGAUGUUUGAGAUCUUGUUCCACCGCAGCAGCCUGCGCUACGCCCUGGACUUCCUGUCCCCAAAGACCUUCCAGCAGAUUCUUGAGUACGCCUACACCGCCUCGCUGCAGGCCACGGCCGAGGACCUGGAUGACCUGUUGUAUGCUGCAGAGAUCCUGGAGAUCGAGUACCUGGAGGAGCAGUGCCUGAAGGUGCUGGAGACCAUCCAGGCGGAGGAGAGCGAGGAGGUGGCGGUGAGGAAUCACAGCUCUGGAAACCACAGCGACCACGGCCGGGCCCGGCACUGGAGGCACAUGUUGAUGUCCAAGAAGCAUUCCAUACAGGAUGGAACCAACUGCACCACUCCCACCGCCCUGCACCACCUGGCACUGUACCACAUGACAGAAAGGAGCUCUCCUGGUCCAGGGCCUGACGCAGCUCCAGGUCUGAGCCCCAAGCUGGACACUGAGGUCGACAUGGAGAGCUCCCAGCAGGCUCAGUGUCAGAGGGAAGAGGAGUCCCAGGACUCGUCUCUGGAUGCUGCCAGAGGUAUCAAAUCGGAGCACAUGCAGGUGGACGAUGCCAACAGCUGUGAGGGCAGGUCCUCCAGCACCGGGGAGGGAAGCUGUGUGUCUGACCAGCCAAGAGACGACGGCCCAGGGACGCCCCUGAGAGGCAGCGUGAUCACCAGCGCUCGAGAACUUCACACGGGCCCUGAAGAUGGAGGACAAGUGGUGGGAAACGCUCUGGACAGUUUUCCCGGGAUCGCUGACAAACACCUGGCCUCCAUUUACUCGAUGGGCUCCAACCACACGGCUGAGGGUCUGCCGGUGUCCGUGUCAGUGGCCCCGUCUCUGGCCGUGCCGCUGGAUCCGAGAGCCUACAGCGGCCUGCUGCACCAAGGUCUGCUCCACAGGGAGCUCCUGAGCCGGCUGGGCCAGUUUGCAGCAGGGAUGAGGCACGACAGCCAGACUCAAGGCCAGCAGUGCUGUGGUGAAUGUGGCCUUCAGCUCCACAGCAGGCAGGCUGUCGAGCAGCACAGGAGGCUGCAUAAUGAGGAGAAGGGCAACAGCUGUGAAUACUGUGGCAGACACUUCCAGGACAGCAUGCGGCUCAGGAUGCACAUGCUGUCGCACACAGCUCCUGCAGAGGCGCUGGUGUGCGAUCAGUGCGGAGCGACGUUCUCCUCAGAGGAAGCUCUGGAAGCCCACAGGCAAACACACACAGGGACUGACAUGGCGGUGUUCUGUCUGCUGUGUGCGAAGCGCUUCCAGACCCAGAAGGCCCUGCAGCAGCACAUGGAGGUCCACGCAGGGAUGCACAGCUACAUCUGCAGCCACUGUGAGCGCCCCUUUCCCAGCCACACCACCCUCAAAAGACACUUGCGCUCUCACACGGGGGAUCACCCAUUUGAGUGUGAAUUCUGCGGGAGCUGCUUCAGAGACGACGGCACACUGAGGGGCCAUAAACGCAUACACACUGGGGAGAAGCCUUACGAGUGCAACGGCUGUGGCAAGAGGUUCAGCCUGAAGCACCAGCUGGAGACGCACUAUCGCGUUCACACAGGUGAGAAGCCAUUUGAGUGUAAGCUGUGCCAUCAGCGGUCCAGAGACUACUCGGCCAUGAUCAAGCACCUGCGCACGCACAACGGAGCGUCGCCGUACCAGUGCACCAUCUGCCAGGACUUCUGCCCGAGUCUGGCCGCCAUGCAGAAGCACAUGAAGGGCCACAAACCCGAGGAGGUGCCGGCCGACUGGAGGAUAGAAAAAACAUACUUGUAUGUCUGUUACGUCUGA